AUGUUAUGUAAAAAUGUGACAUAUGUGACUGAGUUCAUCUUAAUUGGAUUCCCCAGUCCCUGGGAGGCAGAGAUCCUCCUUUUUCUGGUAUUCUUACUAAUUCUGGUAGCAACAAUGCUGGGAAACAUCAUCAUCAUUGUCCUAAUAUCUGUUGAUUACCGCCUCCAAUCUCCCAUGUACUUAUUCCUCUGCAACUUGUCAGUAAUUGAAAUCCUUAUGACUUUAACAGUGGUACCAAAAAUGAUGCAGAACUUCUUACUGGAAAGGAAGAACAUCUCUUUCUAUGGAUGUCUGACUCAGUCAUACUUCUAUUUCUUGUUUGGCACUUCUGAAUAUGUUUUACUGGCUAUGAUGUCUUAUGAUCGGUAUGUAGCCAUAUGUUUCCCACUUCAUUACAGCACCAUCAUGAAUGAAAAGGUCUGUAUUAAUCUGGUUGUUGGCUCUUGGUUGAUUGGCUUCUUCUCCAUACUUGUUCCAACUGUUAUGAAACUGGGGUUGCCCUACUGUGGCCCAAAUGUGAUCAAUCACUUUUUCUGUGACAGUGCCCCUUUACUGCAUUUAGCUUGCACUGACAUUCGGCUAGUGGAGUUUAUUGACUUCCUUGUCUCACUCCCUGUUAUUCUGGGUUCUCUUGUCCUGACACUGAUCUCUUACUUUUACAUUUUAAACACCAUUCUUCACAUCCCUUCUGCGACAGGAAGGCAAAAGGCUUUCUCCACUUGUGCCUCCCAUUUCACAGUGGUCACCAUUGGCUAUGGGACCUCUGUCUUCAUCUAUGUGCGACCUUCCCAAGCUAGCUCAAUGAAUCUCAAUAAAAUUGCCUCCCUGUUCACAACAGCAGUGACACCCAUGCUGAACCCCAUCAUAUUUACCUAUAGAAACCAGAUAGUCCAAGAGGUUUUCAAAGACUCAGUUAAAAAGUACUUGGGGACAGCAAAACAAGCAGGCUGA